AUGCAGGCCACUGAUCAUUUAUUUUGUGUACUCAAGUCAGAACCAACAGUAAUUUCAUUAGCAUGGCGUGAAAUAAUACUAAGAGAAUUGGUUAAUGACAAAUCACAUCAGGAAAGGAUAUGGGUUAAA